AUGUUACCUCAGGAAGAAUCCAUCUUCAUUCUGAAGAAAUUUCUCGAUCAUUUUGGCUAUUACAAUGUACAGAGAAUGUCCAUCGAAGCAGUCGAACAGUUGGCAAGAAUCGUGUUAACUGAGAAUGUUUUCAUCUACGAAGAUACAUAUUAUCGGCAAGUGGUCGGUGGUGCAAUGGGAUCACCGUUUACGUUAACAUUGGCCAACAUCUUCAUGUGGCAUUGGGAACGACAAUUCGUCGAACAUCAACGGCAGAAGAAUGAACUCUACGGGAGAUACAUCGAUGAUAUCUUCUUUACUUCGGACGAUUCGAUCGAUGAAAUUAACCGAAUGUUGAACGAAGCGAACAGUCGUCAUCCCAAUAUCAAAAUCACUUCACCAAUCAGCAAUCCAACAUCAUUCUUAGAUGUUCAAGUGGAGAAUGUGAAUGGAAAACAAUUGCUGACUUCAGUGUAUCACAAAGAAGCAGCUGAACCCUGCUUGUAUUCCAUCACAUCAACAUCGAUCAUUCCGAUGAUUCAUGAUGAGAAUGAAUUUUCCAUUAUUCGUUGUCGGCUGUUGGAUGCAACGAGUGUCCAAGAACAUCAACGAGCAGCCCGUCUUGCCGAACAAUUCAACUUCGUUGAUAUUCCACCGAACAUUGAUCCGUUAGUGAAGGAGAAAUUGUUGAAACGAAAAGAAAGAGCCGAUUCCAUCAUCAUUCACUAUACUUAUGAGCAGCGUUUUGCUGAUUACGGUCGAAAAAUUCAUCAGCUAUGGGACAAUGUAUUUCACGGUACACCGUUGAAGCAAAAGAGAGUGAUCGUCGGCACUCGAAAUAAUCCGAAUCUAUCGAAAGAAUUGAUCUGUCGAAAUCCUUUCAAGAAACAAAAAGAUAUUCGUGAUGAAUCACCUUGCGAUUGA